AGCGUACUGUUUUAUUUAUAACAAGGCAAUUUACUGUAAUUAAAAAUGGAUAAAAGUAAAGAGAAAGAAGAGCAAAGUAUUAUGGACAAGUCCAUGAGAUCGGUUUUUGUGGGUAAUAUUCCUUACGAAGCCACGGAGGAGAAAUUAAAAGAUAUAUUUAGUGAAGUCGGUCCUGUUUUAUCGUUUAAACUAGUAUUUGAUCGUGAGACAGGCAAGCCGAAAGGUUAUGGAUUUUGUGAAUAUAAGGAUCAGGAAACAGCUCUUAGCGCUAUGAGAAAUCUUAAUGGAUAUGAAAUUGGUGGUCGUUCACUUCGAGUUGAUAAUGCUUGUACGGAGAAAUCGAGAAUGGAAAUGCAAGCAUUAAUGCAAGGACCUCAGAUUGAAAAUCCAUAUGGUGAUCCUGUUGACCCAGAUAAAGCUCCAGAAGCCAUUAGUAAAGCAGUUGCUACAUUACCUCCGGAGCAAAUGUUUGAGCUUAUGAAGCAAAUGAAACUAUGUAUUCAGAAUAACCCAACUGAAGCGAGGAAUAUGCUGUUACAAAACCCACAACUAGCCUAUGCAUUGUUGCAAGCUCAAGUAAUAAUGAGGAUUGUUGAUCCUGCGACAGCAGUUAGCAUGCUCCAUCCAAGUAAUCCAGUGCCACCCGUUUUGCAACCAGGUGAUAAGCCUCCACCAACCACUACAUAUAUGCCUACCAGUCAAUCACAGGCACAACAACCACCAUUGUUAAAUAAUCCCCCACCACCUCAGAAUCAAUAUGUCCCUCGUCCACCGAUGCAGAUGCAAUCAAUGGGCGGCAUGGACGUGGAUCUGCGCAGUACGCGUGCGCCAGCUCCCCUGUUGGACCAAGACAUGCGCAGCUUGCCGCCCAUGCCGCACCCCGUCCCGCCGCCCACGUCGCACCCCCCCGCCCAGGAUACCUCAUUUCCACGUGAUCCUCGUCUCGCCAAUAUGCAACCAUUCAAUUCUGACCCGCGUGUGCGUUCUAACGAUCCACGCACACAAUCGAAGAUGCCACAACAACAAAUGCCACCCGGUAUGCCAAGCAUGGCUCAAGCCAGGACCAUUCAAGGAAUCCCAUCUGGGGCCUCGGAUCAAGAAAAAGCUGCACUGAUCAUGCAAGUAUUGCAAUUGUCUGAUGAACAAAUCGCACUACUGCCACCAGAGCAGCGUGCCAGUAUUCUCAUGCUCAAGGAACAAAUCGCAAAAAGUACUCAACAGCGCUAGUACUCCGCAUCUCAUACUCGUUUAUGCUCAUGUAAUUUACUGAGAAAUAAAUUUUGACAAUGUAAUGAUAAUAAACUUUUAAAUUAAUAA